CAGUAUCAUUUUUAGGUCUGAUUAAUUAGUAGCGCGAAGAAUGAUUCAGUCCUGAUGUAAGAAUUGAAUUUCGCGCGAGUACAUAUCGCAUAUCCAAUGAUGCUGAUAAAGGGCUACAAAACGCCACUAGGUGCAGAGACUAUCUCCCGUGGCCUUAGUUGAGAAAAUGUACUGGUCGCAAGGAUUGUGGCCCUCCAACUAAUUAAUUAUGUAAAAUGCCAGUAAUUUAUGGUUUAGGCAUUUGUGUUUAGCGGCAUUCAAAUAAUUAUAUUUCUUGUCCAAUAUACUUGAUAACUGGAGUAUUUUCAGUACUUACGUUGGUCAUACUUUUUACCAUAUAGCGAAGGAGGUUAUGUUCAUUUGUUUACAUUAUUAGCGACAUGUGAAUGUAAAUUACAAAAUUUUUUCCCGAGUCUUUUCUCCGUCCCCCAAGUCGUGAAAUGAGAUGUUACGCAUGUAUAAAAGCUCUGAAGUAAACUAUCCGGAUAUUUUUUAAUGGUGUAUCUCAUUUUCAUGUGUUGUCAUCUCUGCAAACGCUCAAUAUGAUUAUUAAUUCACUACAUACAUGUCUGUGUUGAAGUUGAUAUCAGGUUGUAAUUUAUCUAUCCACCCUCACAUUCAAUACUAUUUAACACAUUUUACAUAAUAUAUCAAUUACAAUCAUAUUUUUUAAGAUGAUUUCUAAAAUGCUAUGCUCGCAAGUUUUAAGAUCACGGUUUUAUCAAUCAGCGCCAAUUCUAUCCAGGUUUUAUACAGUAGACUCUGUCAUCACCGAGUGGUCUAAGAAAUUUCAAGAAGCUGGGAUACCAGACCCUGAAAGCUCUGUUAGAAAUAUUGUUGCUCAUGUCCUGAAUUUACCGAAGCUUGGAGAUAUAUAUUUGAAGAUGGACGAGAAUCUGAAGGAGAAUCAAUAUGAAAAAUUGAUACCCUUGUUCGAAUGUCGACUCGCUAGAAUGCCAGUACAGUACAUAAUCAAAGAGUGGGAGUUUCGAGACCUACGUCUGAAGAUGGUACCACCAGUUUUCAUCCCAAGACCAGAGACAGAAAUGCUCAUCGACAUAGUUAUGAAUAAUUCUCCCGCUCUCAAUAGUAUUCUUGAAGUUGGAUGUGGGUCUGGGGCAAUUUCCAUCGCCUUGCUGAGGUCUAAUAGCAAUCUCCAGAGCAUUGCGAUUGACCAAAGUGAAAAAGCCUGUAAGUUAACCAAAGAGAAUGCAGAUUUGAAUGAAGUAUCCGGAAGGUUGAACGUGCUGCAUGCUAAAUUGACAGUAGAGGGAGGUUUUCAGCCAGCAAGCAGUGAAAAAUUUAUUUUCGAUCAAAAAUUUGAUGUCAUUGUCAGCAAUCCUCCUUACGUCCCUUCCUCAGAAGUUCUUACUGUGGAGCCAGAAAUAUAUCUAUAUGAGGAUCUACGAGCAUUAGAAGGUGGGAAAGAUGGACUUAAAAUCAUAAAACCGCUUUUAACUGCAGCUUCAAAACUUCUGACAAAGAACGGUCUGAUAUUUUUGGAAACUCACUACCAUCACUCGAAGCUGAUCUCUGACUGGAUCAACCUCAACCCAUCUCUUAACCUAGAGUUUGUUCAAACCUUCAAGGACUUUUGUGAAAAAGAUAGAUUUGUUCAAAUUCGCAAAAUAAGUUGAUAGUGGUUUAUUUUGAAGUUCUCGUGAGCAUAAUUGUUUUUUUGAAAACGCACUGCCAUGAACCAUUGGCUGUAACAUUGGUUCAGUAAGUUCUGAAGUUCCUUAAAAGUGUGUUUUGAUGGUGGUGUUAAAUUGUUACAUCCUGAACAGACCAAAUUUGGUAUCAGGAAUUGGAUGAUUCAGAGUCGCUGAGAGACUAAGUCCGAGUAUCAUGCGAGUAUCACAUGGAUCAAUGACGCCAUCAUCCCAGAGCCUGGAAAAAAAAAUGAUAUCUCUCAGUCCUUCUUUCAGUCAUUUAUAAUU